CUUGACUCACCAGUACCGAAAGGACAAGCAAGCGAUUAACGUCGUGCACGUUCUAUUACCAAAGAUUGUUAUUAAAAGUUUUUUCUUAAACUUGCAUUUGCAUACAAAAACACUAAAAAAAUGAGGUCGAGAAUGACAAUAAUUCCAAAACUAUUCUCUCAUUGGUGGGAAGCGUUAGAUCAUCCCCACCGGUUAAUUGACCAGCAUUUCGCGAGAUCACUGCGACCGGAUCAAUUUUUUUCAUCAGUAUUUGACAGACCACCGUUCAGAGGAUCGCCGUACAAUUAUUAUCAACCAUGGAUAGACUGGAUGAAGGAUGAAGAAGAAGAAAGGGGAUCGUCUAUAGUGAAGAGUGACAAAGACAAGUUCCGUGUUGCACUUGAUGUUCAACAGUUCAAACCUGAAGAAGUAAAUGUAAAAGUCGUCGACAAUUACAUCGUCGUGGAGGGAAAACACGAAGACAAAGUAGACGAUCACGGAAUCAUCUCGAGGCAUUUCGUUAGAAAAUAUUUAAUACCAGAUCAAUGUGAUCCUGAACGAGCGACGAGUACCUUGUCUCCAGAGGGUAUUCUAACAGUAACAGCACCAAGGAAACCAGAAGCCAUCGAAAAUAAGCGAGAAAAAGUCCUUAAAAUUGAACGUGUGGAAAAGAAGCCGGUAGAAGAGAAACGUGAAGAACCUGAGAAACUGAGAGCUAGUCAAUCGAAUUAAGAGAGAUAAACCGACUGCAUUUUGUAUUGUUUAAUGUGUUUAGUAUUUUCAUGUUCCUCAUAUCGUUCAUCCUAUUCCUUAGAACAUUGUAGAUAUCAAGCAUCGUUUUUAUAUAGUACAAGCAUUUGUAUUAAACAAUUCAUUUGCGUAAACUAAAUAAAUAUACUGUUAAAAUUAAUAAA